CCCCUUCAACUCCACCUACUAUUACUUGUCUUACUGCUGUGAGCUGUACUCGGGUGUCUGUAAGUUGGAGUCCUCCACCACUUGCAAAUGGACCUAUUUUAUCUUAUGUGCUGUAUAUUCGUGAAUAUCCUGCGGGCAGCACAAUGAUAAAGGAUAUAUCAGAUACUUCUGAUGGUUUGCAUUACAUGAUAAAUGGUUUGAAAGCUUCAACGACAUAUAUUGUUUCCUUGAGCACGAGAAACUCUAUGGGUGAAGGUCCAGCUGAUGUUAGAUAUAUAACUACUCAGCCAAAAAAAGAAAUAUCAAGCUCACGUCAUACGCCUGCUUAUCUUGUUUUUGCUGCCAGACAAAAAGUACUUAAACAAGGUCUUCGAAUAUUUGAUGAAGCUGAAGUUUUGUAUGACGUUAAAAAUAAAACUGCAUUUGUAACAGGAACUGCUCUUCAUGUUAAACAAGAUUUGGUUUUUAUAACUGAUUCGUAUGGCAAUCUGCAUAGCAUAACAUUGAAGAAACCGGAAAAAGUGGAUAGAAUUAUAAGUUCUAGGGCAUCUUAUCCUAUGAAGCUGUCUUUUGAUUGGUUAAAUGGAAAAUUAUACAUGGCAGAAGAUAAACAGAUCACAAGAUGCGAUAUCGACGGUAGUAACUUCGAAGUUGUUGUAGGUGACAUGGAAAACCGAGCUACAGAUCUACAAGUGGAUCCUCUGAACGGCUAUUUGUAUUGGACGAUGAAAGACUUAUUCUAUGGAGGUGGUCUCUACAGAGUUGAUUUGUUGGAGUUUAAUAAUGGCUGUGUGCCUUUUGGAAAAUCUCAACUAAUCGUUAAUGAUAAUCAACUCGUGGCAUUUGCAGUCGAUUACAAAAAUUUUCGCUUGCUUUUGCCAUCAGCAGCUAACAAUACUAUCGUAUCUGUUGCCCUGGAUGGAAGUGAUGUCACUGACAUCAGAGAAAAUGUUGAAACUGCACUAUACACUAACGUUAAAAGUGUUGCAGUACAUCAUGAUUUGUUAUAUUGGACUUCUGGCAGUUCAAUCUAUGGCGAAGAAUAUCAUAAGAAAGAAGAUAAAUUUUACCAAAAUGUGUUCUCAGUCAGGAACGGGCCUUUCUCAUCGUUAAAUAUAUACCACUCUGAUUGCCAGCCACAUCCAGUGCCUCUUAAUCCCGUUGAGGCUGUGGAAGCAUUAUUUGGUAGCGACACUGCAAAAAUAAGGUGGGCAAGCCCAAGAUUACUUGGUGGCCAAGGAAAGGGAUCUUGGCAGAAAUGGUUGUAUGAAAUUGAACUUUUGGAUAGAAGAAGUACAUUAACUGUAUUUGGAGUAAGCAUUAGCUCAAAUGCAUAUGACGUCAGCAAUCUGAAACCUAAUACAACUUAUUCUGUCAAAGUGAGAGCUUAUAGUGACGGUGGUAAAGGACCAUGGUCUUCUGAAUUUACAGGAACCACACUUAAGAAGAGCAGAAAAGCUGGAGAACCAUUUAUUCUUUGGGGAGCUAGAGAAGGUUUACUGAAAUCUGAAGUUCUUGGAGAAAACGUUCAAGUUCUCAUACAUAAGAUCAACCUUAAUAAUGCACAUAUUAUAGAUAUUUGCUGGUAUGAUAAAAUGCUAUUUAUUAACACAAACACAACAUUUGUGUAUGUUUACAACACGUCUGUUCACAAUUCGCUGACCCGGAUGCAGAAUAUCAGCAUGGCCGCUGGAAUUGCAAUAGACUGGUUUGCGCCAAAAUUGUAUUGGUCCACUCCCGUGCAGCAGAUGAUUUCUAGAUCUAACCUUGAUGGAAGCCAACCAGAACCGCUUCCGAUUUUGACCAUGGCGAAGGAAAUAGCAAUAGAUUCUGUAAAUGGUUACCUUUAUUGGGCAACUUCCCACAGUGUAGAAAGAUCGCACCUAAAUGGGGCGGAUCAUUUCAUUUACAUGAAGAAUGCUCUCUUUUCAGGAGCACAUGUUAUGGGUUUAACUUUGGAUUUUGAGAGGAAAAAUGUGUAUUGGAUGGUUCGAAGUUACGAAGGCUCAGUCAUGUAUCGUUCCCAUUUGGCUGGUCAAAAUGCUGAAUUGCGCAGUCUAGAGAAACCGGAAGUUGUUGGUCUUCUUUCCGAAAAUGGAAUACAUGGGUCUAUGUGGUACUUCAGUAACAGACUGUUUUGGCUUCAUGAAAAGCUGAAAGCAUUUGUAAGUGACAUAAAUGGUAAAAAUUUUGCUGGCGUAGAAGGUUUAGGGCUAAAUGGGUUGACGUCACUGGAAAUAAUUGAUUCAUCUUUGCAGCCACAUCCAGAAGGCUAUGAUGAGGACACAGUCAAAGUCGUCCCACAUUCAGUUUACGAAGAUGAGAUUAAUAUUGAAGGCACAUCGGACAGUUUCAAUAUAACGUGGAGUCCUGUUUUAUCUGUGAACUAUGGGACUGUGUUCUAUGAAAUAAGCGUAGAUGAUGGCGAUGAAACCUAUAAUUUGGUUACAAGUGACACAGUCUUUGUAUAUCCUACUAUGAAAUAUCUGUCGCCAUAUACCCUGCUAAAAAUAACGAUAAAGGCUUACACCUAUUGGGCUUCGUCGAGGCAAACAUCAGUAUUUUUGCAUUCACCUAUGUCAGUUCCUUCCAAACCUUUGCAUCCAAGGAUUUUCAUAACACACAAAUCGUCACCUGUUCAUGAAGACGAGGAUAUUAUAGCAGAUUUCCGGUGGUCUCGACCAGAAAUGGCGAAUGGACUUAUUGUGAAUUACAGAGUUAUUUGCUGGUUGAAUAUAAGCUCUCUUAAUGUAACACUGUGUGACGAUAUAGUAAACGGCAACACACUGCAAUUUCAGAGUCACUCAUUGAUCCCCAAUACUACUUAUUAUUUUCAAGUACGAGCCAUCACUGAUGCAGGUGAAGGAAUGCCAAGUGAUACUGUGGAAGCUCAAACAUCGAUUGAACGUCCAGUACCUCAAUUAUUAUUAGCAAAAACUGAUGGAGUGAGGGUGGCCGAUUUUGAUUUUCACGAAGAAAAGCUAUUGUAUAGCAAAACAACUCAUCCUGCUGCAAUUGCUUAUCUUGCUGAAGAGAAAAGAGUAUUUUGGAUGGAAGAAGAGGGUGCUAUAAUGGUCUCUUCAUUAGAUGGAACCAACAUUUCUUUGAUAAAACAUUUGGCAUCAGAGGGUACCUGCCUAACAGUUGACUGGGUUGGUAGGCAAUUGUAUUGGGCUGAAGUGAACAAGAAAGAAAGCUCUAGUAGUGUGUGGUCAGUGGAUCUGAGCUACAAUACGUCUCCUAAACAGAUAUUUAACCGCUCAUCAAUAAUUAAAAGUUUAGAAGUCGAACCAUUUUCCAGAUCUUUAAUAUGGACAAUAGUGUCAGGCAAUAGCUGCAGUUUAAUGAUUUCUGAUGUCAGUGGAUCCAAUAUACGUCCUUUUUUUUCCUCCCGGGCAUUAGAGUAUCAAACAAAUAAAAUGAAAGUUAAAAGAAUGACGGGAAAGAAUGUGUCAUGCAACUGUAAUCCAUCAAUUAUGAGAGUCGGACAAGCUAUGACAGUUGACAGCACAAAUUCGUCGCGGCCUCAGAUUCUAUGGGUGGAUGGAAACUUCGGACAUAUUUGGUCAUCUGAUAUCAAUGGAUGUCAUUGUCAACUUCUCAUAAAUACAACCGAGAUCAAUGUUAAUGGACUACCUCCAACCUCGUUAACUGUGGACAAAUCUCACAUAUACGUGCUGUAUUCGAAUAAAACACUUGGUAAAUUAUAUAGUAUGAGCAAAGAAAAUGAAAUUUCAGAGUAUUUAACUGAAAAGCCUAUUUUCAUGUCACACCAAAGAAACCCUAUAACAGCAGAAGCAAUUACAGGCAUCCGAAGUAUUCGAGCUAUUGGUGGUCAUUUACAGCCUUUCCCAAGUGCAGAAUGUCUUAUCUCAGAGCUCUAUAAUGAAACUGCUGAGCUAGUAAGCCGGACAUCUUACAGCCUAACGCUAUAUUUACCUGAAGUUCAGAGACCUGAAAUUUGCAACAAAAUAUCCUCCCCCACUGUUCUUUUCACAGUUUAUUACGGACCAUCAAAUAUUGUUUUGACCCAUGAGUGCUUUGAAGAAUCGGAUAAACUGCUAUGCAGUAAAAUAAGCACAGAUAAUAAUACAGUAACAAUUCGUGAUCUACAUCCUUUCACAAAUUAUUCAAUACGUGUGUCAGUGAGGAAUUACUAUACAAGAGGAAAAUCACUUUUUGGACCCGAAGUUAUUUAUCAAACAGCAGAAGGAGUUCCUUCUCCACCAAUGGCUAUAUCAGCUAAGCCAGUUACACCAUUUAAAAUCGAUGUCACUUGGCUGCCUCCUUUAUUUCCAAAUGGGUAUCCGAUUUCAUAUGAAAUUCGAUGGCGAGUGAAAGAUUAUUCUAAAACUACAUUGUCCGCUAUUCAUUCUGGAUGUGGAGAGCCUUCUGGUGCUGAAUUAGCCAUGUCAAUAUCUUCUGAACCUGGGAAGGACCAUUACAUAACGGUACGAGCUUACUCUUCGAAUUGUGAUAUGUACAAUGACAGUGAAGAGGUGACAGUGACUUCAUAUAUUCUUCCCAGCAACUUAACAUGCCAGAAUUCGACACCCUCAUCUCUUACAUUGUCAUGGAUAGCUCCUAAUGAUAGCAGUGUUUUAUACUUUUCUUUAGAAUAUUUACAGGAUGAUGGAAUAGAAGGUUACGAAAGUUCAACUUCUAAAACACAAGGGUUUUCUCCGCAAAAUGUAAUUACCAUAACAAAUUUGACUCCUAGAACUGAAUACAAUUUUAGAUUAAUCUUAAUAUACAGUGGAAAAGAAGAAAAACUCAUCUGGCCUCAGAACUCUUUUUUUCAAUGUACAACAGACGGCGAUCGUCCAAGUACGCCAGGAAUACCUCAAGUGAAACACAUUGGACGACAAGGGCAACUUUACCAAGUCUUUUGGCAGGAAGCUAUUAACAAUGGUUAUGAAGAUCUUAUUUACGAGCUCGAAAUGAGGUGUCAGAUCAUUUGGAAGUCAGAUUCAGAUGGAUGGGAACUUGUGCACAAUAACUCUAACACACAAUGGAUUGUUGAUCACGUCUCGGGAAACAUCAACUAUCAAUUUCGAGUCAAAGCCACUAACGAAUACGGAAGCAGUAACUAUAGUUACUCUGAAAAGCCUUUUUAUUUGCCUGAGACAGAAGCAUAUAUCGAUCCUGGAGAUAAAACCGUUAAUAUUGUGAUUUCUUCAGUAGUAGCUAUUAUUAUUAUACUGUCUGUAGUGGUUGCUCCUCUCUGUAUCAUAUAUUUAAAGAAGGAAAAGUGCAAGAAGAUAUUACAAGAAGUGACGCCAAACAAUCAGUUAGUGUCUGAUUUAGAACUGGCGACUUUACAAGAUUUACCAAUGAAUGGACAUUUUGUACAUGAGACAAAUGCUCUUUACAAUUUAGGGGACUUGCCUUCAGAUGAAGAAUUAAUAACGUUGCCACAUAUUCAAAGAGACAAAAUUAUUCUGACAAAAUUUUUAGGAAGUGGAGCGUUUGGUGAAGUGUUUGAAGGCGUAGUGUUUGAUCUAAAUGAAGACGAGCCAUAUCUUAAGAUCGCUGUAAAAACUCUGAAAAAAGGAGCAACUCAGCAUGAAAAAGAAGAGUUUCUGAAAGAGGCCAAGUUAAUGAGCAAUUUCAAACACGAGCACAUUCUCCAACUCUUAGGGGUUUGUAUAGAAAGUAAUCCAAAUUUCAUAAUUUUGGAACUAAUGGAAGGUGGAGACCUCUUGUCGUUUCUCAGAAGCAAUAGGCCAACUGCCUUUCACAGCAGUAAUUUGACAAUGGAUGACUUGUUGAGCAUUUGCACUGACGUGGCGAAGGGAUGUAAAUAUCUCGAAAGUUUGCAUUUUGUGCACAGAGAUUUAGCUGCAAGGAAUUGUCUUGUAUCCAGCUACGAGAGGGAAGACAGGAUAGUAAAAAUUGGAGAUUUCGGAUUAGCUCGAGACAUUUACAAGAAUGACUACUACAGAAAAGAAGGUGAAGGUCUUUUGCCAGUGAGAUGGAUGGCUCCAGAAUCUUUAGUAUAUGGCGUGUUCACAAGUCAAUCUGAUGUCUGGGCAUUCGGAGUUCUCCUGUGGGAAGUGAUGACUUUAGGUCAGCAACCAUAUCCAGCUCGCUCCAACAUGGAAGUGCUACAUUAUGUAAGAGACGGAGGACGUUUAGAUAAGCCAGAAAAUUGCCCUGAUGAUUUAAAGGAAAUAAUGUUAAGCUGCUGGAGCUAUGAUGCUGAUGAUCGUCCAAACUUUUGUUACUGCUUACAUGCCCUCGAAGAAUUAAGGAGAAAGUUAGAACCAGCUACAUUAGUCAUGCCGUCUGUUUACAAUUUCGCUUAUUAUUCUCAAGGUUUUGACAAUUUAGGUUACUGUGAGAAUGAAAUGACUGAAAUCUCACACACUUCAGCUAACAAUACCAAUGAUUCAUAUAAAGCAGAAACACCAGGUGCUUAUAUUGGUCAAAACAAUACUCCUAACAAUGACGGAACCAAACUACAGGAUGAUAAUAUAGAUUCACGAAGCACUCAAAGUGAUCCAUCAGCAAUGACAAUGCUAAUGGCUGAAGCAAAUUCUGUAAGAAGGUCACUUUCUUGGACAAACUUGAUGUCCGAAACGCAUAAUGAGAAUCUCGGAAGCAAUGAAAGAAGAGGCAACAAUAGAUCUAACAGGAAACAUGUAGUAAAUAAGUAUUUGGAACUGCUCGGAGACAAUGAAGAUUCUGAUGGCUAUCAAGUUCCAGUAAAGCUUGCAAACUCAUCUAAAAAGGCAACCCACAUCCCUGAAAGGAAACAUGUUCUUGGAAAUAUCGGUGCUCAGUCUUCAUCAAAUGCUGCCAAAGACUUAUAUAAUCACCAGAUAAUAAAUUCUUCAUCGCUGAAUGCUAUUGGAGGUUUACCUAACACAUCAAACUAUAAAAAUGAGUUUGAUGUAACUAGUCCAGAAGCGCUUAAUUCAAGGAUAAACAGCAGUCAGCUAACUGAGAGAUUUAAUUUAAGCCCUGAGUAUGAAACAGCGACUGAGGAAGCUGAAGCAUCAGGUAUAUGCACUGAAAAUGUUUUACAGUGGAUGAAAGACUGCGAUGAAUGGUCUACAUCUACGGCUUCAUUAACCACUUACCAUUUUGAUGCUUGUAGAGAUAACCAGAGGAAUAGCGGCAUAUCUGCGCUGUCUUGUGUUUCAGGUAUCGAUAUGAACUAUACCUGUAAAUCAUCAUACUGCUAAAUGUGAUUAUCAUAGUCACCUGAUACACCUGAGAAGGACACACUUAGCCUAAUUUACAGGACAUCGUGUAGUAAAAAAUCGAUAACUGUCUCUUAAAAUUAAGUUGAAUUAUUCUGCAAUUGUUUCGAAAAAGAGGUGGAUGAAGAACGUAUGCCAUAUAUUGAAAAUGGCAUACGUUCUUCAUCCACCUCUUUCCUAAAGAUAAUUGAUUAAAGACCACAUGUCCGGGUUGAGUAGCCUCAUAUACUCUGAUACUUGUAUAAAUUAAUAUAAAUAAAUCUGAAAUUAAUGGUAGUGUUUAAGCUUAAACAUAAAAAUAAUAAUAUUUAUUUAAAUAUUUAUUAACUGAAUCUGGUUAGGUAAGUUAUUUGAAUACUACAAACUUCAAGGACUAUCUACCUAAAAGAUGGAUGCCUUCAUGGGGAACUUUCUGAGGGAAAAUGUCUAGUAUUAACGCUAUACAUGGAGAAAACCACUAAAAUCAAUCAUUCAGCCAGCCCACUUUCUUCGGUUUUAACCAAGAACAAGGUUGAGCUACAAGUAUUCAGCGGUCUUCACCACUAGUGGUGGGGACUACAGUGCCGGAACACUAGUGGCAACUGAACCCGGAUGUGAUGGUUUAUAAUUGCUCAAAAUUCGAAAAUAAUUAAAGUAUAACGCAUAUUUAUGUAUUAUUUACUAUCAAAAUAUUAAAAUUAAAAUUUGCUUUUAAUGUUAUAUGCUGUUGCAGGCAACAUAAAUGCAUGCUAUGCUAGUCUUAUAUUCACUGUCAUAGAAGGCGCAAUUAUUCGUGAUUUUUGCAAUUAAAAGUUAAUGAAUGGUAAAACAUUUAUAAUUUCAUAUCACAACUUAUGUUCUGACAAGAUCUAUUGUUGGCUUUACAACGAAUAUUAUCCAGUUGUAAUGAGUUGUAGCUAGACAGUACAUUACAAAGUCAGAUCCACAAAUAAUAGAAUAUUCAUUGCAAUAUUUAAUACAUUACAUAUCCAAAAACAGUAAAUAUUACCUUGCAUUAAAAUACUUAAUCAUGGGAUGCACAUCCUCGGUGAACGAACGUUCAUUUGUAAUGGCCGCCUGGACCCAGCAUAGCAAUAAUAAUUUUUUUUUUUCGAACGUUGAAAUUAGCGUAGAGAAUGUUCGCAAAGAAAUUAUGGCAGUGAAGUAAGAUGAAGCAAUUAUGGCAGAAAGUCGGUGAAAAAUUCGUUGAAAACUUAGCAGUUGUAGAGAAUGAAUUGAGGUAAAGUCCUGAGAAAGGCAUAGAUGAAGAAGUUGAAUUUGCGACGAAGAACCGGACAUCGAUGACCUUCCAGUCAGCGAGAGUUCGAGGCUGAAUGAAAGGGAGCUGGUUCAGUAGCCAGGGUGAAGGUAGGAACAGGGAUGAUUUCGAUUGUUGUGGAGGAGUUACACUAUUGUCUACAGUGUGCUCAGUAAAAUUUGUAAAACUCUCUUCUUCUUUGGGCCGUUUCCUGUGCUGAGUUUCUGUAGUAGUUGAGAACUGGGAUUGUGGAGUUGUCUGCCUUGAUAAUAUCAUGGUAGAAAUUUUUCUAUAGUUUGACCAUUACUUCAACAAUUAAUGGGAUUUUGCAUUCAUUGUGAAUUGCGUCGUUUCUGAUAUACGAAGGACAGUUUGCCAGUUGUCUCAGUGUUGUGUUUUGAUGUUGUUUGAUGUUGUAAUUUUAGUAAUGUACUUUUGCAAGCAUAAUCGCAGACUUGACAUGCACAUGUAAGUAUAGGCCGCAUCAUGGAAAUAUAAAUGAGUAAUUUUUGGUCUAAAGUUAAAACGCUGCUUCGAGCGAUUAAGGGGCUAAGUUUAGAUUUACUAGCUUGAAACUUUGUAGCUAUGUGUUUAGUGUGAGACUUCCAUGUUAAAUGAUGAUCUAAAAUUGCACCUAGGUAUUUGAUUUCUUUGACCCAGGGAAUAGGAGUAUUUCAGAAUGUGAGAUCUUCAUCAAUAAUCAAUUUUUAUAAACAUGACAGCAAUAGUUUUUUCAACAUUAAUUUUUAAUCUUCCAUUUAUUAAGCCAGAACUCAAGUGUAUGAAUGUGUGUUUGUAGCUGUUGUAUAGCUGAGCUAAUAGAUGCAUUUUGUGUGAGGAUCGCAGUGUCAUCUGCGUUCAUAGCGAGUGUGUUCUGUGUGUGUGGGAUAUCGUUCGCGCACAUACUAAAGAGUAAGGGUGCCAGGACAUCUGCGCGUAUUUUUUGCUUAGUGGAGUAUGUGUUUUUGACGCGAGCGACAAAAUAACUGUCUAAAAGAUAGGAUUAGAGUGUUAUGAUGAUGUCUUCUGGAAACCCCAGAGUGAUUAAUUUGUAAAUACGUUCAUCGAGCCAAACGCGAUCAAAUAGCAGCAGUGUUCCGUUAUACAUUCCACAUUGCAUUUAAAGCUGAAUAUAUGGUGCUAUAAUAAUGCAUUUAUAAACUGAAUAUAUGAUGUAUUUUUAACUUCUUUUUAAUGUGUGUAUGUUACAGUGGAUUUCUUAAAUCUUUUGAAAUGAUGCAUUUUACUUCUGUAAUAGACUGGAAGUAAGGCAGGGCUUUAUAUAAGUAACAAUCCUGCAAUUCAAAACUUUUUUGCCAGAAUAAGAAAUCUUUGUCAUAUUAAGCGACUUUUCUAUACAUUAAGUGUUAAUUGCCUUAGCUAUAUCCAGGAAAAUAGCAGCAGUGUUGAGUUUUUCUUGUACCCCAAAUGAAAUCAUUUCUGUAACUCGAUCAAGCUGAUGUACAGUAGAGUGAUGUUUUCUGAACCCAUAUUGCUAGGGGAUCAGAAGUCCUUGGUUUUCAGCAUGGUUACUGAUAGAUUUGAGGAUAAUAAAUUAAGCUAUUUUGCUACAGACUGGCAGGAGGUUGAUGGGACGAUAAGAUUAAGGUUUAGUGGCUGUUUUUCCGGGUUUCGGAAUUGGUUCUAUGACAGCUGUUUUCCACUGGAGAGGAAAGUAUUGAAGAUUCACAAUAUAUUCUUGUUACUAAUUCAGAAGUCAAACAACAAAAAUCAGCGUUAAAAUCAUUUUGCGGUUUUGCAGCUGAAGAUGAUGGUUCGGUAAAACCAUCGAAACUAGUCCUGUGAAAAUUUUGUAAAUUAACGCUGAUUUUUGUUGUUUGACUUCUGAAUUAGUAUUUAUUCGGCGUGUUAUUGUGUCUUAAUUAUAUUCUUGUUAGUUUGCAGGUUAUCAGAAAUCCCAUUUUCUUCACUAUCUUGUUAAUGUAAUUAUCUUGUUAAUGGACUGUUAUAUAAUAUAGGAAUAACAGCAGACAUAGAUUACAGUGUUUGCGAUAAAGGGGUGAACUUCUCUGUAGUUUAACACAAGAGAAAUAUGAGAAAAGUGCAUUGCAUUGCUCUUAAACACAUCAGUGUCUGUGUUACAGGGUUUGCGCAUUGAGACGAUGUUUAACAGGAAACAUAAACCACUGUUGAGCUGAGCAGUAGGUUACAUAUCAAUUAUUUUACGUGAAGUGUCCUCAUGAGUUGCAGUCCCAUAACAACUGAAUGUAUGUUGUUUCAAAAUGCAUUUAGAACUGAAUAUAUGGACCUUCCGUUAUACAUUCCACAUUGCAUUUAAAGCUGAAUAUAUGGUGCUAUAAUAAUGCAUUUAUAAAAUGAAUAUAUGAUGUAUUUUUAACUUCUUUUUAAUGUGUGUAUGUUACAGUGGAUUUCUUAAAUCUUUUGAAAUGAUACAUUUUACUUCUGUAAUAAACUGGAUCUAAGGCAGGGCUUUAUAUAAGUAACAAUUCUGCAAUUCCAAACUUUUUUGCCAGAAUAAGAAUGUUUGUCAUAUUAAGCGACUUUUCUAUACAUUAAGUGUUACGUGUUGAGUGUUCUACAAUAAAAACAAUUAAAUACUUUCAAUAGUAUAGAACUAUGUUUCAUAGACUUUAAAAUUAAAAAAGGAACUAAGUAAAUGUGUUUUGUUUAAGUGUGCAAUUUAAGAAAUAAAUUGUAAAUUAUGUUAUUAUAUUUUGUGCAUAUUAAAUUAAGUAUAAAAAUGCUUUGAUAUUUCAGAAUGCAUUUUAUCAUGUUAUUUGUUUAUAUUACUUAUUUUAUUAUGUUACUUAUAGGAUCACAUUAUUUAUAAAAGUAAUCUGACCCUAUAUUAGAUCUAAUGCAGUAAUUUGCGAUACAAGUACAUUAAUUUAUAGUUGUUGCCGAAACGUCUCCCUACUUCGAUACUAAUCACAAAAAUAUUAAUAUAUCUGUGCUUUUAUAUGUUUUAGAUAUUGCAAUUGCUCAUCAAUAUAUCUUUUCUGCUAAAAUGUAGGUUUGUUGCGAUGUGCGUUUUAGUCUUGUGAAGUAGUAAUUUCAUAUUAAAUUUUGACAUUAAUAUCAUGCUGUUGGAAAUUUAUACAUUUUGUUACCUGGUCUUACUACUUUGUAAAAUAACUACAGAAACAGGUAUAUGUGUUCUGUCUGGGUUCUCGACAACGAAUUUCUUAUCCAAAUAUUACACUUAAGUUUUAUCUUUGUGUGUAGGUGCUAUAGCUGAAUUGUAUCCCUCUGAAGUUGUAAAUUUUUACUUUAUGAUAGUUUAGAAGCUGCUAAAUGUUUACCAAAAAUGUUUGUAUAUUUGUAUAAAUGUGUUGAUGCUUUUUCCAUUCUCAUUAAUGUGCAAAUAUUUUAUGUCAUUCAUACAUUCCUCAUUUGUUGCAUUCAUUCUAAUCAGUUGUAUAAAAUAUAAGUUCUAUAUACAUUUUAGGAUCAUUGAAAGUCAAAAAUUACCUUUGUACAGUGUAAAUAUUAUUUUUAAGUAUCAUUCAUUUUUAUAUUUUUACUUAGGUUGUACUUUAUUAUGUUCAUAAUUUGUAAAUUAUUUCAUUUUCUGUAUAUACCUGUGUUGGAUGUCUAACGUUAAAUGUAAUGUGACGAUACGUCAUGCAAGUUUGUUACUUUUUAGUUUUAAUAUUGUGUCGAUCUUAAAUACCACCUCGGUUGCAUUGUAUUUCGAAAAACGACACGGUAAUCUUAUCAAAAAAUCAUGGUUAUUGUGUUAAAUAAAUUUUAAUGUAAGCAAUGAUACUUGAGAGGUACACUGAAUGGACAAAUAAAUGUUGUCAAUGUUGGAAA